AUGCAUUAAAUAUCAACUAAGGAAGGCAAAUAUUUGUAUGGUUUAUAUGUUCUAUGUUAAGGAAAUAUCAUAUCUAGUUCUUAGAAAGGAUAUCUAAAAGAUUUAUUAAUAUAAAAGGAUGAGCAAAUAUUGGAGAUUGUUAAUGAAUUUAACAAAUAUGAAUGUAUAUCGGAGUUGCAAACAAAACUGUUAGAGAUUUUGGUUGGUAAAGCAUAAUUAAUAACUAUUGAGAUCUGUCAAGCGAAUCUUAAAGUUUAGCUGGUAAUACUCCAAUUCAUCAAUAAUGGUAUGAUUAAUUGGGAUUAUUAAGGUGUUACAGAUCGCAGGAUAAUAAUAUUUGGGUGCUUAAUUAGUUGGGGAUCAAGGAAAGCUAAAUGA